GCCUGGUCAGUCGAUCUGUUCGAGUCGCUGUCGGAGCCGGAGCCUCAUAUUCGCGGCGUGCGCAAUAUGAUUGACUUCGCCUCCACAUCCGCCGCACACGUCAAACUUCUCUUUUCCAGUACGGCAGGCGUGAUUAGAAGUGCGUCUCCUAUUCUCAACUAUUCAUGUCUCUGACAGAAAAACCCUGUACAGAACUACCUGAUCAUAAGCCCGUCCUCGAGGCAUUGGUUGAGGAUCCCUCGAUCAUUGUCGGCGAGAGCUACUUCGAGUCGAAAUGGGUCGCCGAGCACCUAAUCACUCUCGCUGGGGAGAACAGCCUUUGGUCGCCUACCGUCGUGCGCGUUGGCCAAAUCAGUGGGAGCAAAAUCGGCGCCUGGAGGACGUCGGAAUUGGUACCCUCGAUGGUGUCCGCUAGCAUUGCGUUAGGGCGUCUCCCGGACGCGUCUGGAGAAGUCGCUUGGAUUCCAGUCGGUGCGGCUGCAGCUGCGUUGAUCGAGUUCAUGGACAGCCCGGAAACGAUUCUCCACCUACGUCACCCGCACCCGGUGACGUGGUCGGAGGUAUUCAAACACUUCGCACUGGUCCUAGACCUCCCACUCGUGUCGUACUCAGACUGGUUCACGCGACUCGAACGCGGUCUUAUGCUGCACGACGAUGCAGAUAUGGUGCGUUGUCUGGAGCGGGGUCAACGUUUCCUCGAGCAAUACCGCUGUCCUAUGAAUCCAUAUGACUCCCGGCCAAAUGUGAUGAAGAGGCUCAAUCCUCGUAUGGAUAUCACUCAUGGACUAGAGGCUUCUGCGACGCUACGCGAUGGAGUCAUACCAACGAUUGGCAUAGAGGAGGUUUCCCGUUGGGUCAAUUACUGGCGUCAAGAGGGCAUCAUUCCGCCUAACCCUGUGGCUGUGUAAGCGGAAAGAGUGGCUGCGGAAGGUUUACCAGGUCGUCUCGGAUAAAGAAGACCAGUGUUUAUCAUGUUUGCUUGUGCUCACAGAUGUACUAGUAGUGAUGACUGAUUGUCAGAUCGA